AUUGGGAAGGGAAGCUGACAGUGAAUCCAAAAGCACUAGAGAUUCUUCUCAACAUCUCUCAACCUGUGGUGGUGGUGGCCAUUGUGGGACUGUAUCGUACAGGAAAAUCCUACCUCAUGAAUCGCCUGGCAGGACGGAGCAGUGUGGAAGGGAGCAUUGUCAAAUGGAAGAUGAUCAAAAUGUUGAACUGCUGAACAGGAACUAUCAUCCACUGGUUCCUGGACAUCAUCUACAAAUUAUCUGCCUGUGCCUUUUAGACUUUGGAAAGGAAGAUCAACUGGUCUCAUAGGACUUUCACCAUUUCCUUCACUUACAUUUCCCGCCUGAGGCGAAUAAUGCUGGACUCGUAAUUAGCUUGAAAAAUAGAAAGCAGAAGAAUAAAAUGGCGGGGAGGUGAUGGGUAAAAUUACAAACGCUAAUAGAUCAGCUGAAGUUCUGGCCCAACACGCAUUGCUCACACAAAGAUAAUUGAGGAGAGUUCAAUAAAGGAACUACUUACAAGGGCAUAGGUGAGGUACAGGGAACCAGUAAGAGAGACAAAGCACCCAUACAAGGACAAUACAAUGGUCAAGUGGACAUUACCAUUCCUUUAUCCAAGCAGACAAGGAAUAAGUAGCUGCCGGAAUGUGGCCAAGACCAGAACUAUACAAUGGAGCUACAUGAAAGCACUGUGACCUGAGAGAGAACAGCAAGCCACUGGCACACUGUGGUCCAGCAAGGUAGAAACUGAAGGAAAAAAUACCUACCUUCCUGUCUCCAGGCUUCCCUCUGGGCUCCACAGUACAGUCUGAAACCAAGGGCAUCUGGAUGUGGUGCAUGCCCCACCCCUCCAAGCCAGACCACACCCUGGUCCUCCUGGACACUGAGGGCCUGGGCGACGUGGAAAAGGGAGACCCUGAGAAUGACUCCUGGAUCUUUGCCCUGGCCGUGCUUCUGAGCAGCGCCUUUGUCUACAACAGCCUGGGCACCAUCAACCACCAGGCCCUGGAGCAGCUGUACUACGUGGCUGAGCUAUCACAGUUCAUCAGGGCAAAAUCUUGCCUCAUAUCUGAAGAAGUAGAGGACUCCACAGAUUUUGUGAGUUUCUUUCCAGACUUUAUUUGGGCUGUACGGGAUUUCACCCUGGAGCUGAAGUCACACGAAUGCCCCAUCACAGAAGAUGAUUACCUGGAGAAUGCCUUGAAACUGAAUCCAGAAAAUAAUCCCAGAAUCAAAAAGUCCAACAUGUCUAGAACCUGCAUCAGGUAUUUCUUCCCAAAGAGGAAGUGCUUUGUCUUUCACCGACCUACGAGUGACAAAAAUGUACUCGUGCAUUUAGACAAAGUGCCAGCAAACCAAUUGGAAAGGGAUUUCCAGGAGCAAACAGAAAAGUUCUGCUCCUAUAUCUUCACCCAUGCAAAGACAAAGACCCUGAGAGAGGGAAUCAUCGUCACUGGAAAUUGGCUUGGAAGACUGUUGGAGACCUACCUGGACGCCAUCAACAGGGGCACGGUUCCUUGCUUGGAAAAUGCAGUUACAGCUCUGGCUAAGCGUGAAAACGCAGCAGCUCUCCAGAAAGCAGCUGAACACUACAGCAGGCGGAUGACCCAGCAAGUGAGGUUCCCCACAGACACGCUCCAGGAGCUGCUGGACGUGCACGCAGCCUGUGAGAGGGAAGCCACUGCAAUCUUCAUGGAGCACUCCUUCAAGGACGAAAAGCUGGAAUUCCGAAAGAAACUUACCGACACCAUAGAGAAGAAGAAGAAAGAUUUCCUGCUGCAGAAUGAAGAGGCCUCUGUCGAAUAUUGCCAGGCUGAACUUAGGCGGCUUUCGGAGUCCCUGAUGGAAAGUAUUUCAAGAGGAACCUUCUCUGUUCCUGGAGGACAUCAUUUUUACUUGGAAGCGAAGAAAAAGGUUGAACAGAACUAUGAGCUAGUGCCCAAUAAAGGAGUUAAGGCAAAUGAAGUGCUACAGAGCUUCCUGCAGUCACAGGCAGCAACAGAGAACUCCAUCCUGCAGGCAGACAACGCCCUCACUGAUGGGGAGAAGGCCUUAGCAGCUGAGCAGGCCAAGAGGGAAGCGGCUGAGAAGGAGCAGGAAGUGCUAAGACAGAGGGAGAAGGAGCAGCAGCAGAUGAUGGAGGCUCAGGAGAGGAGCCUCCUGGAAAACAUGAGCCAACUGAAGGAGAAGAUGGAGAAGGAGACAGCAAACCUCCUGAGCGAGCAGGAAGGCAUGCUGGAGCACAAGCUCAAGCUCCAAGAAGAAAUGCUCACGGAAGGAUUUAACAAGAAUGCUGAGGCAUUAAAUAAAGAGAUAAAUCGGCUAAAGCAAGAGAUUGAAGCAACUAAGAAUCAGGGAUCCUCAUGGUUUUCAUGGUUUCUUGAUACCGUGGGCACUGUAUUCACCAUCGUAUUACCUGGCCCCGCUAAGCUGCUUGGUUUGGCGAUGCGAUUUAUCAGUUCACAAAUUAAAUAGGCUGAGAAUUCCUGGUAAGGAAAUUAUAAAAUAUGGCUUCUUUUGAUUUAAUAGCAUUACACUGUGGCUCAUUGUAAAAUAUGUGCAUUAUUCUUAACAAUUUGUUUAACAGAAGUGUAAAAGAAAUUUAGAAUUGUAAUGAGCUAUGGCUAUUAUUAUUAUAUUAGGAUAUAUCUUCCUUAUCUAAGGAAGUUAUCAUUAUCAUACUAAGAAUGAACCUUCCUCUUUCAUUUUAUUUUUAUGAUUUUGUAAAUGUUUUAAAGAUUGGGGCCAGUGCUGUGGCACAAUGGGUUAAUGCCCUGGCCUGAAGUGCCGUAAGAUGAAAAGAGAAAUAUUUUUAUAAAAAAAGAAUGGGCAUUUGGCCUAGCUGUGAAAUAAUGAUAUGCAACGUGUGUAUAUUUGUAUGACUGAAAUUUAGAAUGUAAUACUUACAUGAAUAUAUUACUGUCAAAUUUGGAUAAAUAUACAACAUAAACUAGUCUUCAUGGACAAAACAGGAAGGGAUAAGAACAAUGGAGAAAUGACGGGAUAAUUGACUUUAAUCCUAUGUUCUUCUAUGAUGUUUACUAAAACUAAAUCUGAAAUGAUAAUACAAGGAUGGGACAGUCCCCAUGACAGAUAACAGUACUGCAUGCUACUAGACAGCAUAAUUCAGAUCAAUGGGAAAAGUUUGCAGUUCAUUUUUUAAUUUUUUAAAGAUUUUAUUUAUUUAUUAGGGAGAGUUACAGAGAGAGGGAGAGACAGAGAGAAAGUUCUUCUAUCCACUGGUUUAUUCCCCAAAUGGCCGUAAUGGCCAAAACUGAACCCAUCUGAAGCCAGGAGCCAGGAGUAUAUUCCAGGUAUCCCACAUGGGUGCAGGGUCCCAAACACUUGGACCAUCUUCCACUGCUUUUACAGGCCAUAAGUAGAGAGCUGGAUGAGAAGAGAAGUAGCUGGGACACGAGCCAGUGCCCUUAUUGGAUGCCGGCACCACAGGUGGAGGCUUAGCCUAACACACCACAGUGCUGGCCCUGCAGUUUAUUUUUAAAUAGUUUAUGGAAAUACUGAAUAUAUACCAACAAUGAAUAUUAGGUUACAAAUAAAUGAGUUUUUUGUCAUGUGAACACACUGAUAAUUAUCACCCGAGUUAAGAACAAAACAUGAUAGGAGGUUUUCAGUAAGGAUUUAAGAAACUCAUAAACUGCACUAAUUGAAUGUUUAUGCUGUUGUCUAUUGUUUCUAAUGCUUUAAGUCUGUCCCCUUCAAUUAAGGUAUAACAAGUAUUUUUUUAUUUAAAUGGAUAUGGCAUUCUGUUGAUAGCAGCUUCAUCUUCAAUGUUAUCUUGUUCUUUUUAAAAAUGAGUAAACUGGGUGAGCUCAAGGCCCUGGGUUGAGAUACCUGUAUCUCAUAUAGGAGUACCCAGGUUCAAGUUCCAGUUUCAUUAUCAAUUACAGCUUCCUAUUAAAAACACAUGGUGGAGGACCGGCACUGUGGCUCACUUGGUUAAUCCUCUGCCCGUGGCGCCGGCAUCCCAUAUGGGUGCCGGGUUCUAGUCCCAGUUGCUCCUCUUCCAGUCUAUCUCUCUUCUGUGGCCCAGGAAGGCAGUGGACGAUGUCCCAAGUUCUUGGUCCCCUGCACCCUCAUGGGAGACCAGGAAGAAGCACCUGGCUCCUGGCUUCGGAUUGGUGCAGCGCCGGCUGUAGCGACCAUUUGAGGAGUGAACCAAUGGAAGGAAGACCUUUCUCUCUGUCUCUCUCUCACUGUCUAUAACUCUACCUGUCAAAUAAAAAAAUUAAAAAAAAAACACACACACACAGUGAAAAGCAACAGUUUAUAACCCAAUUAAUUGGGUCCCUGUCAUCCACAUGGAUGACAUAGAUUGGGUUUCUAAACUCUGCCUCCAGCUUGACCCAUCCCCAAAUUGUUGUUGGCAUUUAGCAUCCUGUUUCUUAAAUAAAUUAAUGAAGAAUUUUAAAGAUUGUAAAUAAUACAAUACUUUCACAGAAAAUAAAUAAACUACUGAAGUUUUG